GUCUUUGGCCAUCUGAAGAAGUGCUGGCUUACUACUGCCUAAAGCACAAUGAAAUAUUCAGGGACCUUGCUGUGUGUGAGCUAGGGGGUGGCAUGACAUGCUUGGCUGGGCUCAUGGUUGCUAUUUCUGCAGAUGUCAAAGAAGUUCUGUUAACUGAUGGAAAUGAAAAGGCCAUCAAAAAUGUAAGUGAGAUCAUCACAAGAAACCAAAAUGCAGGAGUAUUUAAGGCUCAGAAAGUGUCAAGCCGCAUUUUACGAUGGGAUAAUGAGACAGAUGUCUCUCAACUGGAAGGACAUUUUGACAUUGUUAUGUGUGCUGACUGCCUGUUUCUGGACCAGUACAGAGCUAGCCUUGUUGAUGCAAUAAAGAGAUUACUCCAACCCAGUGGAAAAGCAAUGGUAUUUGCUCCACUCCGAGGGAAUACUUUAAACCAGUUUUGCAAUCUAGCUGAAAAAGCUGGUUUCUCUAUCCAAAGACAUGAAAAUUAUGAUGAACACAUUUCGAACUUCCACUCCAAGUUGAAAAAUGAAGAAAAAGAUACAUAUGAGGAAAACCUCCAUUACCCUUUUCUUCUCGUUUUAACCAAGCACAGAUAGAAGAUGACACUUUUUUGUUUGUUUGUUUUAAGGUGGAGUACUGAAAAUUAAUCCAUAUAUGUGGAUGGUCAGGGAGUGGGGAGGGUUCAGGCCCUCCUUUUUUCCUGAGUCAUCAUUAGAGAAAUAUUUCUCAUCUAAAUGAGGAGAAAGACAUCGUGGCUGGUUUCACAGCAUGUAAACAUUGAGACAUCUCUUUUAUAUAAUUUUAGAACUUAUUUUUCCAAUUAUAUUCCAGCCUAAAACCAAUCAGACUUCACAUGUAUACAUUAACAAAGGUAUGAAGCUGGCUUCCUUCUCUUUUGUGUCUUUAAACUUGCAUGUUAAUUUCUUUAAAUGUUAUUUUUAAGGUGUAUUUCAAAAUACGUGAAUAAUAUACUUUGUGGGUUUA